AUCGAAACUUACAGGUAUCAAGUCAGAUGAAUCGAAACAGAGGACUGUACGCAGAACUAGCAGCAGAGAGAGACGAGUGUCGUGAGCUGUGUACUUUGUUCUCACAGUUUUAUGUAAUUUGAGCUCAAAUUCCGACAGCUUCGUCAUUUACGAUGGAAACUGGAAACUACGUAGCUACACUAAACGAGCGCGCGCAGAGAACACGGUCCGAGCUGAAAUAUGAGGACUGUGGAUCAGUUGGCUCUGCCCAUAAUCAGACAUUCACCCAGAGGGUAGUCCUGAAUGGUAAAGUCUAUCCUGAUGGUGUGGGCAAGAACAAGAAGGAAGCCAGACAGAAUGCAGCUAAAAAUGCCCUGAAAUGCUUGUUGGAGAAGGAACAUCAGGACUCAGCUGACUCAACAGAAAAUGCCGCAGAAGCUUCUGCUGCAUCAGUUCAUCAGACAAGUAUCGGCAACAUCAACUACAUAUGUUGGCUCAAUGAAUAUGGUCAGAAGAACAGGGUGACUAUAAGGCCUGUGGAGUCAACAAGACCGGGACCAAAUAAUGCUAUUCAGUGCUGUAGCUUUGUGGUUGGUAAUAAGGAGUAUCCAGCUGCCUAUGGGAAAACAAAGAGGGAAGCAAAGGAGGAAGCAGCCAAGCUUGUAUAUAACGAGAUAUGUGGCAGUAAAACUACAGAGACUGCAGAUGAGAAUUACUACCAUACAUCAACUCAAGAAAAGGAGGAACUAAGUCAAAGUCUUUUUGAUAUUUGUAAUAAGACAAGAAGCGUCAAUGUGAACGACAGCAGCUUUACAGAGACAAAUUACAUAGGAAUUGUCAACCACUACUGUCAGAAAACAAACAGCUCCCAUAUAUUUAUUGAAGAGAGGAGAUGCGGCCCGCCUCAUAACCUUCAAUUUUUCUACAAAUUAGUGAUCAACAACAAGGACUACCCUGUGGCUGAGGGUAAGACUGUCAAGGAAGCCAAACAAAAUGCAGCUCAGCUUGCCUGGUCUGCUCUUCAAGAACAGUCAGACUGGGACAGCAAGGUGUCUGUCAGAUCAACAGUGUCCGAAGAUGGUGCACCACCUAUGUUGUCAGCUCAAUCAGCUACACUGGAAUCCCAUGAUGAAUUAUCAUCACAAAGCACGACAAUGAGCACAAGUGACUCAGUAAUAUUCAUCAGUUCAUCAAACCCCUCCGAGGCUCAGAUGUCCUUCAGGUCAACUGUGUCUGAAGAUGAUGCACCAACCAAGUUUUCAACACCAACUUCACUGGAGUGUCUUGCAUCGUCACAAAGCAUGUCAACGGGCACAAGUAACUCAGGAAUAUUCACUAAUUCAUCAAGCUCUUCGAAGGAUCAGGAUGUUGUCAAAGACAAGAAUAUGGGAAAUAGUCAGAAUGAGACAUGGAACCAGUCAAGGUUUACUUCAGACUUUGAUCCCUUGGAGUGUCUUGGCAGUGGAGCCUUUGGUUGUGUUUACAAAGCAAGACAUAAACUGUUGGAGAAGUAUUUUGCUGUAAAGAUUGUCUGCUGUGAGGAGAAAGCUCUUCGAGAGGUGAAGACAUUAUCAGACCUCCACCACGGUAAUAUUGUUAGAUACUACACAUUUUGGGUGGAGGAUUCAGGAUACCAAUGGGACAUUUCAGCUGACAGUUACAGAUCUUCCCAGUCUACAGAUAAUUCAUCGGCAAAGUACCUCUAUAUUCAGAUGGAGUUAUGUGACACCAAAACACUUAGAGGGUGGAUUGAUGAUAAGAACGCUCAGUCUUUGCAAGACGCAAAGAGAAGAGAAGAAAGUCUAAGCAUUGCUCAACAAAUAGUUAGUGGAGUCGAAUACAUUCACUCCAAGAAGCACAUCCACAGGGACCUUAAGCCUGACAACAUCCUGUUUGGACUGGGUGGAGAAGUGAAGAUUGGGGACUUUGGUCUGGUCACCAGAGAUGACGACUCUGCUUUGAUGGACAGAACAGUGUGUAAAGGAACCCCAACUUACAUGGCUCCUGAACAAAAGAGGGAGAAGAAGUAUGACCGAAAAGUGGACAUAUUUCCUCUGGGGUUGAUAUACUUUGAACUCCUUUGGAAAGUCUCUUCUGGCCAUGAAAGAGGAGAGGUUUUGCUCAAUGCCAGACGUCAGAAGUUCCCCAAAGAGUUUUCACUGACUUUUCCUCAAGAGAACCAAAUAAUUGUGUCAAUGCUGUGUGAGAAGCCAGAAGACCGACCUGAAGCAAGUGCACUGAAGGCAGAGCUGGAGAAGUGGGCUCAGACAUUCAACGCACAAAAUAUGCAUCGGGAAAAUGUAACUGUCUGAUUAUCACAAGGACCUGUGAUAAGUCACAGGAGCGUGUGGAAAUCUGUCUUUUCUGAUGAUUUGAUAUACUGUUAUUAAUAUGAUUAUAUUAAUAUUUGUUGGAAAAUGGUUAAUGUACUGCACUUGCAUAGCGCUUUAACCUGAGACCUGUACAAAGCACUUCACGAGGCCACACACACACACUUGUGUGUUUUGCUCAUGGACACUUCAGCAUGCAGACUGGAGGUCAAAUCAUUAACCAUGCAAGUGUGAAAGGGGACCUAAUAUUCUAGGUUUUAUAAUCAGGGAAUGAACCAUAAAAUAAAAUUAUAUCAUGAUUUUAUAAGUAACUUUUGCCAUCUUUUCACAUCUAGCUGUCUAGCAAAUAAUCAUGUGCUGGGUAAUUUCUGUCAACGGUUGACAUUUUAUUAUAUGCUGGAAAUGGUAGAAAUGUAAUUUGUAUUUAAAGUGGUGCCACAUUACGGCCUUUGCUUUGUACUGAAUAUGCUAAGUUGGAAAAUAAAAUAAUGGUUAUCUGGGGUAGAAUGGUCAUCUACACAAUGUACAAUGUAAAUGUAUGUACUGUAUAAACACACACACGAGCCAGACAGAUAUUCUUGGACGGGCAUCUGAUUUCCCAACCCAGAAAACAGAAAAUUAUCUGAGGACUUUCAUUGAAUUUUCCCCAAGAGACACAUGGAUGUUUGUUUCCAAUUUACGUGAAAUAUGAAUGAGAGGGUUACAUUUGUAACCAUGGGUCUCUGAAUCAAGAGGGCCAUUAAUGCAUUCACUGUAAAUAGAUACACAGAUUUUACCCUCGAGUUUCACUUGCUUUCUCCUGUUAAAAUUUUACAUGUUUGCUUUAUUUGCUUUGCAGAAUCACCGAUAUUGAUACUAAUACUUUUUCAUAUUAAAACUGGCUACAGUACCGUCA